AUGUUUCCUCGUAUCAUCUGGAAUCCUUUUUAUUCUCUCAAGCUAAUUUCGAAUAGGAAAUAUGUUUCAACAGCUAAAAUUCCCGAAUAUUUGUUGGACAGAACUGUGAAACCUGAAGAAGUUUUGGAACGUCUUACUCCAUACGAUAAAGAAAGACUUGAAUUUUGUAUGACGGAAUACCGUACUAUGCUUGAACAAGGUGCUAGUGUUCCCAAGUCUCUGAGCAAUAAAAACAUUUUGGACUUGUUGUGCUGUACGAGCUUUACAUCUCGAGCUAACUUUCUGAAAUUCCUGUUCAAAUGUGAAAAGCGCGAGGAAAACGCCUUACUUAAAAAGGCAGAAAAGGUCGCGCCUAUAAUUCCUAAGAAACCUGCAUCUUCUGACCGUAUUUUGCGCAUGAUUGAUGAAAAAUACGUUCGUUUACACUGGGAUUUUUGGCAAGCAUCUGAAAUUCGAUGUCCGGAUUCAGCUCAGAACCUACUGUUUGAUUUUCUUUUGAAUCUGAGAUGA